AUGAUAGAGUUGAAAUGGAAAAGUCCAUAUGCUUUUGUUGUUGAUAGUUUAAUGUAUGCUCAAGUUUGUAUUCGCCUUGAUAUUGCUUUUGUUGUAAAUGCUUUAAAUGUUUUAGGGAGAUACUUGAGCGAUCCAGGUUUGGGUCAUUGGAAAGCCGUCAUUGGUUGUUUUGAUCUUGAUUUUGCUGGUUACCCUGACGACCGAAAAUCUACUUUCGGAUUUGGUUUUAUGAUGGAAGGAGAAGUUAUUUCUUGGAAGAGGGUUAAACAAACUCUUACAACUACUCCUGAAGGCGACACGGGCCGCUGCAAGGCUAACACAUGCGUGAAAUUCUCCGACGAGAACGAACGCAACCGCGCCAUGACCGAGAUGAACGGGGUUUAUUGCUCCACCAGAGCCAUGCGCAUUAGCGCCGCCACGCCCAAGAAAACCACCGCUGGUUACGCCGCGCCCGCACCUGUCCCCAAACCGGUUUACCAGAUUCCGGCGUACACUGCGCCGGUUCAAGCUCAACCUCCGGAGUAUGAUGCUAAUAACACUACCAUUUUUGUUGGUAGUUUGGAUCUUAAUGUGUCUGAGGAGGAACUGAAGCAAAACUUUCUGCAAUUUGGAGAAAUUGUUUCUGUUAAAAUUCCGCCUGGCAAGGGAUGUGGCUUUGUUCAAUUUGGGACUAGGCAAUCUGCUGAAGAAGCUAUUCAAAAAAUGCAGGGAAAGAUGAUAGACCAACAAGUGGUCAGGAUUUCUUGGGGUAGGACCCUAGCUGCUAGACAGAGAGAAGCGACCCUUCAAUUCUUCACAACAAAUGCUAGUGCAAUGCAAAAUACGAGGAAGGACUGUGAUUCUUAGAUGCAAAAGUGAUAUUUAAAACUA